UAAACACAUUUCUCGAUUUCCCGACAUCAUUGCUCAGUAGUCAUGGUUGCCCCCUGGUGGCUUCUUCACGGUGCGAUCGCGCUGUGCCUGUGCUUGGUCGUCUGGGCCGACAAGGUCAAAUGCAAGAACGACAUGCAUCUCAACAUCCUUCUGCACGAAACACCUCUCGUUCCAUGCAUGGCGGCGUCGGGAAUGGGAGAGUUGAAAGGAGCGACCCCAUCGCGGCAACAACUGCGCAAGUUCUUCAAUAGCCUUGAGUGCCGAACGCUUUUCAAUGUGCUACGAAAGACCAUGCCCGUAUGCUCUGCCCAAAGUUUGGGCACGAUGCGGCAACAGUUCGAAUCGCUCGAUUUUGAUCAAAUGAAGGCAGCGUACGAGCAAGCAAUGGAGACUCCCGUCUCCUCGACGAAAGCUCGUAACACCGAGGAAACGUUGAACUCUAUGCCUUCGUCGUGA